GGCGGCGCCUUCGCCAUGGGCUUCUUCUCGCCGUCCAACUCCACUUCGCCGGGACUGUACCUCGGCAUAUGGUACAACAACAUCCCCAAGCUCACCGUCGUUUGGGUCGCCGACCAGGUGGCGCCCAUCACCGACCAUCCUACCUCCCCGGUUUCCACGCUCGUCGUGGCCAACGACAGCAACCUGGUCCUGUCCGAUGGCGCCACCGGCCGCGUCCUAUGGAGGACUAACGUCACCACCGCCGGCGCCGGCGUGAACUCAUCCUCGUCGUCGGGCGUCGGCGGUGCUGUGGCGGUGCUCGCGAACUCCGGCAACCUCGUGCUCCGGCUGCCGGACGGCACCACCUUGUGGCAGACCUUCGAACACCCCGGCAACGCGUUCUUGCCAGGCAUGAAGAUCGGCGUCACCUACCGGACGCACGGCGGCGUGCGGCUCAUCUCUUGGAAGGGCGCCACUGACCCGUCGCCGGGGAACUUCUCUUUCGGCGGCGACCCGGACCGGCCGCUCCAGGUGGUCAUCUGGAAAGGGCCGCAUGUUUACUGGCGCACCAAUCCAUGGAAGGGCUACAUGGUCGACAGCAACUACCAGAAGGGUGGCACGUCGGCGAUCUACACCGCCGUCGUCUCCACCGACGAGGAGAUCUACGCCGCCUUCACACUCUCCGACGGCGCGCCGCCCAUGCAGUACACCUUAGGCUACGCCGGCGACCUUCGCCUGCACAGCUGGAGCAACGCGUCGUCGUCAUGGAUCACCUUCGCUAAGUACCCAACCAGGGAGUGCAGCGUCUUCGGGUCCUGCGGCCCGUUCGGCUACUGCGGCGACAUCACGGCCACCGUCUCGACGUGCUACUGCCUCGAAGGGUUCGAGCCGGCGAGCGCCGCCGACUGGAGCCGUGGGAACUUCACGCUCGGCUGCCGCCGGAGCCAGCCGGUGCAGUGCAGCGACGGGUUCUUGGCGGUGCCGAACCUGAAGCUGCCUGACUGGUACUUGCACGUGGGCAACCGGAGCUACGACGAGUGCGCGGCGGAGUGCCGCCGGAACUGCUCCUGCGUGGCGUACGCCUACGCGAACCUCACCGGCAGCUCCAAUAGGGAUUCGACGAGGUGUUUGGUGUGGGGCGGCGACUUGGUUGACAUGGAGAAGGUGGUCGGGACCUGGGGUGACUUCGGUGAGACGCUCUACCUCCGGCUUGCAGGUGCAGGUAGGAAGCCAAGGGCAAGUGCACUGAGAUUCGCACUUCCAAUAGUUUUAGCGAGUAUUCUUAUACCCACAUGCAUUCUCAUAUACAUUACCAAGAUAAAAGAAAUCAUCAAGAAAAAAUAUGGGGAGAAUAACAAGAGACGGGCAUUGCGAGUUUUGAGCAUUUCUGAUGAACUUGGGCAAGAAAUCCCUGCCAAAGAUCUUGAAUUUCCCUUUGUAGAAUAUGACAAGGUUCUUGUUGCAACAGGCAACUUUUCCGAAGCAUCUUUGAUUGGAAAAGGAGGUUUUGGUAAUGUUUACAAGGGUAUGUUAGAUGGCCGGGAAGUUGCAGUCAAAAGACUUAGUAGUUGGUCUGAACAAGGAAUAGUGGAGUUCAGAAAUGAGGUAGUCCUAAUUGCCAAAUUACAACAUAGAAACCUUGUUCGACUUGUCGGUUGCAGCGUCGAAGGGGAUGAAAAGUUGCUUAUUUAUGAGUAUAUGCCUAACAAGAGCUUGGAUGCUUCUCUUUUCAAGGAUAAAAGAAAAUCAGUGUUGGACUGGUCCACACGGUUCAAGAUCAUCAAAGGGGUUGCCCGAGGACUUCUUUACCUCCAUCAAGAUUCAAGAUUGACAAUUAUCCAUAGAGAUCUCAAGGCAAGCAAUAUUUUGCUCGAUGUAGAGAUGAACCCAAAGAUAUCGGAUUUUGGUAUGGCAAGAAUCUUUGGCGAUAACCAGCAAAAGGAAGUCACUAAGAGAGUUGUUGGAACAUAUGGCUAUAUGGCUCCUGAGUAUGCUAUGGGGGGUAUCUUUUCAAUGAAGUCUGACGUCUAUAGCUUUGGUGUGUUGCUUUUGGAGAUAUUAAGCAGUUCUAGGAUCAGCUCUACUGAUCUCAUUGAGGACUCCCCAAAUCUUUUAGUCUAUGCAUGGAAUCUAUGGAAUGAAGGGAAGGCAGAGAUUAUGAUAGACUCUACUAUCAGUGCAAAUUGCUUAUUGGAUGAAGUCAUGCUCUGCAUCCACGUGGCACUCCUGUGUGUACAGGAAGAUUUCAAUGACAGACCACUCAUGUCAGAUGUUGUGCUUAUCUUGGAGAAAGGAAGCAAGUCACUUCCAGCCCCAAAUAGACCGGCUUAUUUUGCACAAGAGAACAAUGAAGUGGAGCAGAGAAAUGCAAACCAUGGCGCUCAGAACUCUAACAAUACAGUGACUCUUACAGAUCUGGAGGGACGAUGAGAAACAAUCUUGUUACAAAGUGCUAAUAAAGUGCUUUGAUAUCUUCGUGUGAAAAAGUUGAAGAAUUUCCGUGUGUGUAAAAUGACGAUAGUAUGGAAGUACUAAUAAUCAAUAAUCCACUUUUUAUAUCUUGCCCCUCAUCAUUCUUAAAGGGAUAUAUCUUAGUACGAGUAUAAACAGAAGUGGAAAGAUACCAAACAUAGCUAGCAUUAGUACAAAUAUUGCACGUCACAGCGGCAUCACUAGCUAUAUUUUUCAGCUGCCUGUUUUGAUG